AUGGCUACAGUAAGAUUAGUUAUUGCAGUUGUUGCUGCUAAGCACUGGAACAUUCAGCAAAUGGACGUCUACAAUGCCUUCUUGCAAGGUGACUUGUAUGAGGAGGUGUACAUGACCAUUCCUGAAGGAUUCUACAAAAUUGUGAUUGUCUUUAGCUAUGUUGAUGACUUGUUGAUCGCUGGUAAUGAUGAUCAUCUGAUACAUGAGACAAAGGGAGCCUUGCAAGCAACUUUCAGAAUCAAAGACCUUGGUAAACUUAGAUACUUUCUUGCCAUUGAGUUUGCUAGAAGCAAAGAUGGCAUUUUGAUGCACCAAAGAAAGUAUGCAUUGGAGCUUAUUUCAGAUAUGGGACUUGUAGGGUCCAAACCUGCAUCUACCCCCAUGGAAGUGAACCAAAAGUUGACUACAGCAGAGUUUGACCAUCACAUACCUUCAGAAAAUUCAGAUCCACUUUUGUCCAAUCCUACAGCUUAUCAAAGAAUUGUUGGGAGGCUUCUUUACCUCACAACCACUAGGCCUGAUAUAGCAUUUGUUGUGCAAUGCUUGAGCGAAUUUAUGCACUCUCCAAAAGAGUCUCAUAUGGAGGCAGCAAUCAGGCUUGUCAAGUACAUCAAACAAGCACCUGGAUUGGGGAUUUUGAUGAACUCACAUAGCCUCAAUCACUUGAGCGUGCACUGUGAUGCAGAUUGGGGUUCCUGUGUGAACAGCAGAAGGUCUACCACUGGAUAUUUGGUCAAGUAUGGCUUAUCUCCCAUUUGUUGGAGGUCUAAGAAACAAGCUACUAUUUUUAAGAGUUCAGCUGAAGCUGAGUACAGGGCAAUGGCAUCCUCAGUUGCUGAAGUUGUGAUCCAAUCUGGAUUAGUUUCACCACAUUUUCUUCCUUCAGCUCAACAACCUACUAAUCUGUUUACCAAAGCACUUGGGAGAGGGCCUCACAAUCAUCUUAUGUCUAAGCUCGGUAUAAAGAACAUCUUUAUUGCACCUAGCUUGAGGGGAGGUGUGAAGGAACUCAGCAAGUGUGUUGAUGUGCCUUGA